GCGCCACCGGCCUCCUCCCCGUCCUCCCCCUCCCCCUCCCCGUCCUCCUCCUCCUCCUCCGCGUCUUCUCCUCUGUGGGACCCAGGCGAGCAUCUGCCUCCCUGCCCCUACCCCUCCUGUCUGCUCUCCCCUGGACUGAGCACCUGCUCACUGUCCCCACCCUUCCCCAAACCCUGGGUUUCUGGUCAGCAAGCUAUUUGUUACCCGCCUCCUAUACCACCCCAAGCAAGAAUGGAAGCCCCUGAGAGCAGGGGCCCGUCCUGUCUAUCACCUUCCCCCCGGGGCUAGCACCUCAGUCUGGGCCUGUACUUCUUAAGUGUUUGUUGGGCGCACAGAUGAAUGGCCGCAGAUGUCUCACUCCUGGGACUGCCGCAGGGAAAAUAUUCAAAAAUGCCCACCUUGAGUCAUAACCCACCGUAGCUAGGAUUGUGUAUUGGCUUUAAGAGUUGAGGCCCAGGGGCUCCUGGGUGGCUGUCGGUUGAGCGUCCGACUUCGGCUCAGGUCAUGACCUCACGGUCCGUGAGUUUGAGCCCCGCGUCGGGCUCUGUGCUGACAGCUCAGAGCCUGGAGUCUGCUUCGGAUUCUACGUUUCCCUCUCUCUCUGCCCAUUCCCCGCUCAUGCCCUGUCUCUCUCUGUCUCAAAAAUAAAAUAAAACAUUAAAAAAAAUUAUAAAAAAAAAAAAAAAGAGUUGAGGCCUGAUAGGGGCACCUGGCUGGCCCAGCCAUAGAGCAUACGACUCUUGAUCUCAGGGCUGUGAGUUCAAACCCCAUGUUGGGCAUGGAGCCCACUUAAAAAAUCUUAAAAAAAAAAUUUUUUUUAAACAUUUAUUCAUUUUUCAGAGAUGGAGAGAGACAGAGCAUGAGUAGGGGAGGGGCAGAGAUACAGAGAGACACAGAAUCCGAAGCAGGCUCUGGGCUCUGAGUUGUCAGCACAGAGCCCCAUGCGGGGCUCGAAUCCAUGGACCAUGAGAUCAUGACCCGAGCCGAAGUUGGACGCUUAACCGACUGAGCCACCCAGGCGCCCAGAAAAAAACCUUUUUUAAAAAUUAAGAGUUGAGGUCCAGUGGAUAGAGGGGACAGAUGUGUCACAAAGCAAAAAGCAAAGUGGUUACAAUAAAAUCUAGGUAGUGAGUACAUGGAUGUUCCCUGUAAAAUUCUCUCCUUUUUUCUGAACGUUUGGAAACUUUCACAGUAGAAUGUUGGUGGGGGCGGGAAUAUCCAAGAGCCCUUCUGUGGUCUGGGAAGGGAGGAAGAGAGGACGUCUGUAACAUGAUGGCACGUUUACAGAGUGCCUACCAUGGGCGGAGCACUUGUCCAGACACGGGGUUGUUACUCAACUGGUCCGCGUCUGUAUUAUGGCAGCACCGGUUGUCAAAAUCUGAAGUGUUCCUGUACCACUUGAGGCCAGACCAUGGCUUGCUGGCCUCCCGCAUCCUGAGGAUGGCCCAGCCGGAGGACAAGGCCUCUGCAGGCCUCAUCGACGGAGAGAGGAUGGUUCCACCACAGGUGAAUGGAGCAGGUGAGACCCCCUUAGGGGUCCUUGGGACCCCAGAGCCACUCCUUCGCCUGCAGAGGACACGGGGGGUGUGGCAGAUCCCAGAGCUGGCUACUCAGGAUGCGGGAGCCCUUCUUGAGCUGUGGCCACCGGGGAGUUUCCUGGUCACAGGACACAACUCCAGCCAGGUCCUGGUGUUGAGGACAGGAGCUUCACCAGGAGAAGUCUGCACCUACCAGAUCCAGAAGCUUCCUGGAGGUGUUUCUCUGGAAUACUCUAACCUCUGUAUGCCGGACCUGCCCCAUCUCCUGGCUUUCCUAUCAGCCAGCAGGGAUGUUUUGCCCAGAACACUGCUCUUGCCCCCUCCCACUCUAAGACCAGGAGACCAACAAACAGGUCUUCCACAGACCGGCGGCGUCCAACUCAACAUCUCGGAGAAGGUGCUCCCCGUGGUGAACAAGCUGUACCUGGAGACCCACGGAGGGUGGGGUUUGGAGCAGAUCACCACAGAGACACCUCCAGGGACUGCAGAAAGCCACAGUUCAGCCCCCAGGAACCCUGCCCCUCACCGGGUCUCCUGGGUCGAAGGCCCGCUCAGCCCAGAAGGAUACCAUCCUGGGCCAACCCUAGCCAGCCUGGUGGAGGAGAAAGAGAAGGAGGACGAGGACGAGGACAGCUACACAGAUGAAGAGAAAGGACCUGACGAUGUUCUCACCCAUCACAUCCAGGCUCUGGCCAGGGCCCGGAGCAACUACGUGGGCAGGCAGUUCCAGGGCCUUCGAGCCCGCCUCACCUCAAAUGCUGGAGGGCCCCACAGGCCCGGGGACCCAGCCACAGAGCUGCUUCAGGAUGUGCGGCACCUCCUUACCGACCUCCAGGAUCACUUGUCAAAGGACCCCGACGUCAGGGCUGUCUUCGGGAGCCGGGGACCUGGGGUCCCCCAGAAGGAGGAGGAUCUUGGCGCCGCGUUGGAGGCCGCCCUGUGCCGGGCGGUGCUGGAGCCCCUGAAGCCCGCCCUGUGGACGCGACUCCGGACGCUGCGAGCCCGGGAGCUGCGGCGACUGCGGCAGCGACAAACAGCCCUGCGGGCGGGGGCGGGGCCUGAGGGGCAGGGCCCCGCCCCCGCCCUGCGGAGCCGCAUCCACGCGCGCCUGGAGCACCUCCACGCCGCCUGCGCCCCACGCCGCAAGGUGGCGCUGCUGCUGGAGGUGUGCAGUGACGUUUACGCGGGCCUGGCUCAGGGCGAGGACCAAGAGCCCCUGGGGGCCGACGCCUUCCUGCCCGCGCUGACGGAAGAACUGAUCUGGAGUCCGCACAUUGGGGAGACGCAGCUGGACGUGGAGUUUCUUAUGGAGCUCUUGGAUCCGGACGAGCUGCGGGGAGAAGCCGGGUACUACCUGACCACGUGGUUUGGGGCGCUGCACCACAUUGCUCACUACCAGCCCGAUGUGGGCCGCGCACCCCAGGGGCUCAGCUCUGAGGCCCGCGCCUCCCUGCGCCAGUGGCACAGCCGGCGAACGCUGCACAGACAGGACAGACAGGACCGCGGAGCCCAGGUCCAACUGCCCUUUGAGGAGCCAUGGGCAAGAGACACUGUGCCCAGAGACGGACUAUGAUAAGGGGUCCCACAUCCUCCUGUUCCUCAGGCAAGAUUCGGGAGGCGCCGAUUUCUGACCCCUGUUGGUUUAGGUGCCAGGAGGCCGCGAGGUUCCCCGGAACAGACCCACCUCUGGGCCUUUGCGUUGGCUACUCCAUUCUCUAGUAUUUACAUCGCUCCGUCCCUCCGUUCCUUCAGGUCUUUAGGUGGCUGUCACCUUCUCGGGGAGGCUCUCCCAGACACCCUGUGUAAAAUUGCACCUCCUCUGGCUUGACCCUCCCUGCGGCAGGCAGAAUAAUGCCCCCCCCC